AUGUUUGCGAUUCCCCCGCCGCCGCGGUAUCCCACCAACAGCGGCUUGGUUGCGACAACUCUCGAAACCGCAAAUACUCUGACCAUCCGCGAAGGUCCCGAAUACACGUUUCAAGCCGGCGAAGGCACAUAUGUUUUACGAGACGACCUACAACUCGCAACCCCACCGCCUCAUCCUUCUGAAGCCCCCGUCGUCAACCCCAACCCUCUAGCAACCAGCGUUACUCCCCCCACGAGCGGUGUUAAGCUGUCUCUGGUAUCACUUAGCCCAAAACAAAUUACUCCCGACCUCUACAGAACCACCACCGCGACAAGCAGUCUUCUGCGCUGGAGAUCCUUGGGAUUAAACAACUCAAAAGAGACGAAGGAGUCCAAGGAGCCCAAGGACGUGAGAGAUUUGAAAGAAAUCAAGGAGGUAGAGAAAGAGCCAAGGAUAUCCAUAGAAACCGGUAGCGACAGCAGCAAUCCCGCGACGACAUCACAAAAUGGAAGCAACAAGUCGAGUACAGUGAAAGCGUUCGGUGAGGGCAAUGCUGCCUUGUCGCCUAUCAUCAGCAGAGAUGGUCUCAAACGACGGAAACCGAAAAACAACAUCAUUAAAAGCAACUCCUCUUUCGUCUCUCGUGUCAUUCCCCACGAAUCCCUCGCAAAGAAGCUUCAAGACCGAGAUCAGCGGGGUACAUUCGCCUUCGUCAACAUCAACCGCGCUUUUCAGUGGUUAGAUCUGGCUUCAGGAGCUAAACAGGACCCAAUGACCAAAAUCCUCUUUACUAAGGCCAGGCCGGCUCACAUGCUAUGUCACGAUGUCAACAGCAUGACCAAGCACUCGACGCAUAUGGACAUUGUAAUGGGAUCCUCGGCUAGUGAUAUCAUCUGGUACGAGCCCAUAUCACAGAAAUAUGCCCGCAUCAACAAAAAUGGCAUCAUCAACAACUCAGCGGUUUCCGCCAUCAGAUGGAUACCUGGGUCUGAGAACCUCUUCCUAGCUGCCCAUAUGGACGGAACUCUGGUCGUGUACGACAAAGAAAAGGAAGAUGCGCCGUUCGUCUCGGAAGAGCUGGUGGAUGAAGCGAUCAGUAUUGAAGACGAAGAUCAGUCUACCUUGGUCAUCAGUAAGAGUGUGAACUCGUCCAAUCAAAAAGCAAACCCGGUAGCUUGCUGGCGGAUUUCCAAUCAGACCAUCACCGAUUUCGCUUUUUCACCAGACAAUAGGCACCUCGCUGUGGUCGGAGAUGAUGGGUAUCUUCGGAUAAUAGAUUAUCCUCAAGAGAGGCUAACCGAUAUAUAUUCUUCCUAUUAUGGCGGAUUUACCUGUGUAUGCUGGUCGCCUGAUGGCAAAUACGUGCUCACCGGGGGCCAAGACGAUCUUGUCACCAUUUGGUCGCUAGCCGAACGUCAGAUUAUUGCUCGGUGUCCUGGACAUGACUCAUGGGUAACGGCUGUUGCUUUCGAUCCGUGGCGCUGCGACGAGAGGACAUAUCGUUUUGGCAGUGUGGGCGAUGACUGCAAGCUCCUGCUUUGGGACUUCAGUGUUGGCAUGCUGCAUCGUCCAAAAGCGGCAACCGCUAGGCCUAGAGGCAGUAUCUCAGCCCAAUCAAUUUCACUGCUCCGUCAGCGGACAGAAAGUUCAGGCAUCGUCAACCGAAUCAGAUCUGAUUCAAACCGGACCGGAAGUUUCGUCCAGCCGGACACGGUCGACGAAUCCGAAUUCCUCAAUCACCCUGUUGAACCCAGAGCACGGACAGCCCAACUGCCCCCUGUAAUGUCCAAGAAGAUAGAUGAUCAUCCGCUGAGUGCUCUCGCAUUCGAGCAGGACUGCAUCAUCACGACUUGUCAUGAAGGACAUCUGCGCACUUGGAAUCGACCUCGAGAAGCCCCGAACAGCAGUCAGAUAGAUAUCUCCGAAAAGCCGAGGCCCUGA